AAGGUAUCGCGAUGGCACAACAAAGGCAUUUCGAACAACGUAAAAAAUGUCUUUCGUCGAGCAGCCGUUUUUCGGACGCGAAAUCGCGGUGCCAGCCAAGCUGCCGAUGAUCCUGAAGCAAUUUUGCAAAGCCGCGAUACGCACGCAGCCUCACGAUCUUCUCAAGUGGUCCGGCUCGUAUUUUCGCGCACUGGCUGACGGCGAAGAGCCCCCGGUCAAGUCGCGACUCGAGUACCCACCGCCGAGUACAGCCUCCGGUUUGACGUUGGGAUUUCUCAGAGUACUGCUUCGACAAUUUGGAAAUUACAACAAGACACUACCCAUUGAGAUAGUUUUACACCGUUGGGAUUGUCUCUGCUUGGAUCGUAAGGAUUUUGACGCAAUCGUAACAAUCGGAAAAUUUCAACGCACAUGUCAAGUGAAAAAGUUUCUGGCUAUAGCGGUGGGUCUUCUUGGAGCUAGUCUCACCGAGACAAUGAUCUUGAUUUGUCAAUUAUUCACCCAUGAACCGGACGGAGGAUCCGCGAUGAUCCCGCUCACUUUAUUCAUGGAAACAUAUGAAUAUUUAGCAGGACUCAUUUGUGACGGUAGCGAGAAAAGUGCACGCGAUCGAGAUGCGACAGAACGUAAAGACAGCUCUGUAGAUCGUACCUCCAUAAAUAGUCAAGAUACCGACAUGGACAUUAAUUUGGAUUCAGAAUUAAUAUCCAAAGAUGAGAUUGUCUCAUCGAAAACCGAUUUGUCAAUAGAACCAAUGGCAAAUAGUUCGUUCGAGAAGGAACUUGAUAACGAAGAAAAGGAAACUGAUAUUUCUUUGGCUAGUCGAAGAGACAAUUUCAUCAGCAAUGAUUGUUCAAAGAGUAAAAAUAAUACAAUCGAUAAGAAAUUCUGUGGAAUUGAUAAUGUUAAUAGCGAUGGAAGUCUAGUUUUUGAAAUUGAAAAAGACGGAGAGAUUACGUGUCAUUUAAAUGUACCAGGUAUAGGAUCUCGAUUACCAGCUGAGCAAAUCGCAAGUGUAGCAACGUGGAUGCUCGAGUGCGCAAAACUUCAAGAAGGCAUGGUGGGACCGCGAAAUAUUCGCCACAUAAAUUGUCCAUCUUUACAUGAAUAAUUAUCAUAGUCUUGUACAUUCCAUCAUUUUAUAACAAAGAGAAUACAACUGUAACAAAAAAAGAAAAAUAAUGUACAUAAG